GUUAUCGUACACGAGGUUAGAUUGAGGGCUGACUGUUUCGUGUAUUCUUAACUGUACAUAGAGUUUCCAUAAAAACUGAAGGACUUUAAGGAAAAUAGGUAAGCAAAACCAGCCGGGGACGAGUGUUUCAGGUAUGAUCCAUUUCAAACUCUGCCCUAUGAUUUGUAAAGCUUUUAAAAUUUGUUUCAGAUAUCAGAGGCAACACAAGUACCAAAGCCUUUGCUUCUUCUACAUAUUAAAUAGGUGAAUUCUUCUGUUAGCGGUACAAGUAACGGAAUGUUUGUCUCAGCACAGAUAUAUAUAUAUGAAGAGUUCGGAUAAAAGGAAAUUGGCGAGUUUUCGUCCGAAAUCAAACUACGAGUCUCUUCACAAGCACUGCAAUGAAAAGAAACUUUAAUUCCUGUUGCUACAGUUGUAAACAAACUUUUUCUUCCGCAAAAGGAUUGUUUUUUUAUCGUUGGGUAUUUACUGAAAAAUAUAUUAAAUUUUGGUCAAAUUCAAAGUUCUGCGGUUUUCCUCUAAAACCUAAUUAACACAUUCUUAAGCGCGCGACUUGAAAGAUAAAAAAAAAAUGGAACUGAGCGGUUUUAAUUAUAACAGCAGUUACAUUUAAUCAUCUUGUUGGACAAAGUCAACGUUACUUGUCAUGAAGUUGACAAGCGAACUCAUAUGACUCCGUUCUUCCACAAACAGAGUUAUUUUCAAGGUUAUAUCAUUACAAAAAAUUUUCAGUGUUUAAAAAUUGCCAUUUAGAUGUGAAACACUUUAACAGGGUCACUUGUUUUUACAGGUAAAAUUCCGAUGAGACCAACCAAAAAUAUCCAAUAUGUAUUAUACAGGUUCAAACUGCAAAAGCUUAGCAUUGGGAGAUAAUUUUAGAUCUGAUCUUGAUAAGAACUUUCUUUCUAUAUCCUUAACCCUUUGUCUCCCAAGAUCUCAUUAGUAAUUCUCCUUACUGACUACCGUACAAUUCUUAUGAUUUUAGUUCAGAGAAUUUGUUACUGGAUCAACUGAUAAUCCCCUAAUUGAUAUUUCUCGUUAUUCGUAUCACUUGUCUGCUUGAAAUUACAUGGAUAUUGUGGGCAGAAAUUCUGUCUUGCUCAUUCAUGGGAGUUAAAGGGUUAAACUAAAUUGAGUUAAGUGCGCAUGUGUGCAUAAUUCUGCUAUGAACUAUGAACAUUUUGCGGGUUUCAAUUUUUCGUGUCGCACUCGUUCCGCAAUAAUAAAUUCUCGCGAAAACAAAGUCUCGCUUAGAAAACCCCUUCAGAAGUUUACCACUAUAUAAGUUGAAGGGAAAUCUUGGUAAUCUUCAUGAUCGCAUUCUGUCGAAAUAUCCAUAAACAAAUCGUCUACUGCGUUGCUGCCCUCUGCUUAUCUGGAAAAGUCAAAAGUUUGAAACCGUAACUUUUUCAUUUUAAUACUCUGCUGCUUGAGCAGAAAAUUGCAAAAAUUUGUUUUUAGGGAAAACUUCUGUCGACUUGAACCGCAAAGAAUCUGUCCCUACCACAUAAAAAACAUGAAGACGUUAGUAAUGGAACAAUAUUGAUUCCUCACAGCAGACUCAAUGUGUUUUCUUUCUGUCCUCGUAUUUCCAGGGAAAGGUAACGCUAUGAAGCUGCUGUUGAUUUCAGUAUUACUGAGCUUUAUUUCCAAUAUAUUCACAGGUAAAGUUUUAACGCUUUCACUCCGAAGAUCUCAUUUGUAAAUCUCCUUACUUUCUGCCACACAACUUUUACGUUGUUGGUUUGGAGAACUUGGUAUUGAAUGAACUUAUAAUACCCUGAGACUUAUGCCCUUUGAUACUUUCUUUGUUCUGUGCUAUUGACACAAGUUGAGUUUCGAAAUCUUUUUGCUUUUGAAAGAAUCACCAACUGAUCCAGAAGUUGCAGGAAAUGCUCCAAUCGUGCUCCCUACUGGAAGUAAGUUGAAAUAAAGUAUUUGCAGCAGUGAUAUAGAGACACUAGCAACCGUAAACAACAUAUUUGAGAUGUCUGCUGUAUAUGUAAAGAAAUAUCUGUCUUUUAUCGUUGAGUUCUUACUGACUGAUUGACUGACUGCCUUGCUGUCAGACUUAGGGGCUGACCUAUUGACCAGCGACUGACUGACUGUCUCGCUGUCACACAGACAGACAGACAGACUGACUGCCCUACUGUCAGACUGUCUCGCUAUAAGACUUACGGACUGACUUAGUGACCGGCUAUAGAUUAAUUAUAAAAGUCUCACUGUCAGACCGGACAGACUGAUCGACGACUGACUGACCGACUGACUGUCUGUCUUUCUAUAAAAUUGGUUAAUUGACUGUCUGAUUGCCGGAACUGGUUUUUCAAUUUUUUCCAAUUCUUCCUAAAUUCUCCGCUUAACGUUUUGAUGUAGUCGAGGGCUGACAGACCUUCCUCCAACAGCAUUCUCUCAACAAGAAGUAAACGGCCUGAAAGAACACAAUCGGUUCCGUGCGAUACAUGAUGCGCCGCCCAUGACACUUGAUCGUGAAAUGUGCAAUUCCGCUGCCCAGUGGGCCAAAUACAUCGCAGAACAAGGCUCUCUUGAACAUUCAACUGAAGAUCAAAGACCUGAACAAGGAGAGAACCUGUCUAUGGGAUGUUCCUCAGACAAGGCUCAAACAGUAAAGGAGGCUGUUGCAAACUGGUAAUUUGAGUACAGUUCAUAGAAUGUCUGCUUAAAAAAACCGGUCUAUAUCGCAGUGGUAUAUCUAAGGACAGGUGCGACUACGCUUAUUACACCAAAACCUGGACCACGGCCGAGAUUGUUUUUAAAAGACCCUCUCCUCAUUAUUUACUAGUAAUUAUUGUUUGACAAGGGCAAACACGAUGAUGAGGCCGAGCGAAAACCAAAAUUGAAUGGCAAAAUCUAAGGUGGGAUUUCAGUUUUCAUUCAUCUUAAUUGUAGGUAUAACGAGCUUUGUAACCCCGGCUACUAUGGACUAGGUGAGUUAGAGACUGGGCCUGAUGAAGCAGGGCACUUCUCGCAGGUGGUGUGGAAAGAGAGUACCAAGCUUGGAAUCGGACGUGCAGAGAUUGAACAAAAUGGUAUGAAAUGUGCUUACAUCGUUGGCAGAUACAAUCCGCCCGGAAAUGUUCAAGAAUCCUAUAAACAGAAUGUUCUCAAAGGGUCUUUUAACCGAGAAGUCUACUGCCCAACAGCUGUGAAAAAAGAUGUGAUGAGAGCGGAUUAACUCGAUCAGAGAGUGGCUUACUACUAUCAAGAGAAAAUAGCGGAGUCCAAUUAAUUUCCAUUACUGCCACUUAUAAUCAUUCGAUUGUGCGAUAAUAAAACGACCAGUUAAGCUUCGAAAUCACACCUGCUCCCAAAUUGAAUGGAACGAUGGCGAAGAAAAUCACAAUCUACCUGUGAAAAAAUUCCUGACCUUGUCAAGGCCCCCUAACGGACUUGUGGUUACUUGAUGACAAAUGAUAGUAGUUUGAGAGCGCAGCAAAUCCAAACCCGAGGAAACUUCUUUUAUAUAUUUGGUAAUAAAAAUGACUUGUGAUUUAUUUAUAAUGGUAGUUGAACUGAGUGGAGUACAAUUUGGGCUGGAAUUAUACGCGUGAUUUCAAAGUCGAACGAGCGCGCAGCGCAAGUUCGAUUUGAAAUCACAAAUAUGAUUCCAUAUCAAAAUUGCACGACACGAGGUUCAAUUACCACUUUAUUACAUCCAUUUUGAAAUUGCCCAAAUACAGGACUUGGUCAGUUCAAACAUUUUACUGAUGCAGUACUGAGCCGGUCUGAAAUUAAAUUCAUGUCCA